ACGAUGCGAUCUCAGCGACUAUACGAUCAGUCUUAACGGGCAUAAGGAAAGUAAUUUGUUGUCAGAUUUACUUUUCUGUUUAUUUCUAAUAUUAUGUUUUAAUAUUAGAAAAUUUUUAUUAUUUAUAAUUAAUUGUUUGACGUAUUUAAUACUUUGAAAGAAGUUUAAAUUAAUUUCAAUCUAAUAAUGAAAAACUUGUGACUAGCGUGACGAAUUAUCUUCUGUAAUCAAUAAUUAUGGAGCUUUUUGAUGAUCCAAAAAUUAAACGAACUUAUCUUAAAAGUAAAAUUCGAGUGAAACAAUGGGAGAGUACUUUUAUGGAAAAAUAUGGACGAAAACCAAAUAAGAACGAUAUAAAGGAAGCGGAUAUUAAAAUUCGACAUGCUUACAAAACGUAUUGGAAUUUAAAAACUCAAGCUCUAGACGAAACUCUAACUGACAUUACAUUUGAUGAGGAAUCAAAUACUUCAAUGACUUCAGUUUUUAGUUCUCCAAAUACAAGAGCAGUUGCCAAUGAUAUAACAAAUUUGACUCUUAAUUCAUCAACACAAGAUGUAGAAAAUACUAUUUUAGAAAAUUCCAUUGCAGAAAGUACAUUCUCUGAAAUAUCUCUUCCAGAAAAAAUCGAAACAGAAUCACCACCAGCUGAUAAUGUUAAUGUCAAAGGAGUUUGGGGUGAUCAUCUUUCAAAUAAAAAUAUUCCUAAACAUGGCAAAGGUCUUGCAAUUGGUAAAUUUCCCUCAUUUCAAUUGUCACAAAAAAUGUUUAAAAGUUCAAGUUUUUCAAAGAAAAAUCCACGUAAAUCAUUGUCAAUGUCAAAAAUAAAAUCAAAAACAGAUUUAAAUUCAAGUAAUAAUACAAUAGUUGAACAAAACAAUGGUUUUGAAACACCGGAAAUAACAGAAUCACUUUAUGGUGAAAAAGUGAAAAUUAUUUAUGAAGAAACAAAAACUACAACACAAUCUUUAAAUACAAUUCAACAAUUAAUUGAGGGACGUACAAUGACAAGUAGAACAAUUAAUCAAGGCUGGUUAGAGAGAUGUGGAAUGAAAAGUACACCAGAUGUAUCGCCAAUUGAACCACGUCGAUUAUCUGGAGUAAGUGAUUCGGGUGUAGAAUCAAUGGAAAGCAGUAUUCAUUCAUUGAAAGAAUCAAUUCAAAGUAAUUCAACGAAUGUUGAUAAUAAAUCAACACACGAUUCCGAUGAAGAUUUUGUAUUGAACAGUGAUUCAGAGGAGGAGAGACGAAGUAAACGAAUUCGAAAUUUAAAUAAACUUUCCUGUGAUGUAGAUAAUUUAGCUAAACGACCGUGUUUCACAAAUUUCAGUCUUUCAUAUAAUCAACCUGCGUUAUCGCAAACUCUUUUUGAUUGUAAUCCUCAAGAAAUUAAAGUAAAUGAAAAAUUAAAUCAACAGAAUUUAAUUGCUCAGGAAAAAAUUGUCGAUACUGUGAUUGAGAAUGAAGAGACUGAUGAAUUACCAAAAAUGAAACGUACUCAUACGAAACGAAAGGGACGUCGAAGAAUGAAAAAUGAUGAAGAUAGUGAUGAAGAAUAUUCGGAAGAUUCAAAGAAGAAAAAGCCUAAACGAAUUGCAAAAGUUUCACGAGCAAAGAAAAAUGAGAAUUCAUCGCCAAAGACUCGAACAACAAGACGAUCAGUGAAACAAAUUGAGAAUAUUGAAAAAGAAGCUGUAAUCGAUGAAAAUGAUAUUAAAUUUGGAAUAGAAUCAUUGGAUGUAAUUCCACGUUUACCAAUGAAAGGUUAUGGUACAGGUGAUUUAAUUACCGAUUUCACAAAAGUAUUGUCAGGGGAAAAAGAAAGUGACUCGGGUGUAAAUGAUUUGAAAUUGAAAAAGACGAUGACUGCUAAAGAGAAACUUGAACAGAAAAUGAAAAGAGGAGAAUUGAAUGAUAAUUAUGUUCGUGUGAAUUUAAAAAAGAAAGUAUUUGUACGUGGAAAGAAAGCAUUUAAUUUUUCAAAAUUCAAGAAAGGUCAGUGGAAACAGAGAAAAAAGGAAUUAUCAUCGAGUGCAGCGAGUUUGGAUGCUGCUGAUUUUGCUGAGAAAACAGGAGGCGCUUGUCAUCUUUGCGGUGAAAUGGGACAUUUUGCAAGAUUUUGCAAAAAUCGUAAAGGAGAGGAAUUACUUCCUCUUGAAGAUGUUAAUGAUUGUUCAGAAUUUCCAACAUUGGAGGAAGCUGAAGAAAUGGCGAGAAAAAAUGCUCUUCUCGCUCAUUCAUCAAGAAUCGAUCGUCUUCCAAAAACUUUGCCCAAAACGGAGGGAGAAAUUGAUGAAGAACUCGAAUUUUCAGAUUGGGAGGACGAAGCACCAGAAGAUGAGCAAAUUCAAACUGGAUGCAGAAUUCCAAAGGAAUUAAUGGCAAAACUUUUGCCACCAGAAAUUUGUGAUGUCGAACCAGUUUAUCAUCUUGAAUCAGACAAUUCACUUAUAAAAACUCCGGAUGAAGUAUUUCGAGCAUUAAAAGAUUUCGGCUACGAUUCAUUUCGUCCGGGUCAAGAAAAAGCUGUGAUGAGAAUACUUUCUGGACAAUCGACACUUGUGACAUUAUCAACAGGUUCGGGAAAAUCACUUUGCUAUCAACUUCCUGCCUAUAUUUAUUCGAAAAAAUCGAAUUGUAUAACAUUGGUUAUUUCACCACUUGUAUCAUUGAUGGAUGAUCAAAUCACUGGGAUUCCAUCGUUUUUGUCAGCGGCAUGUUUACAUACAAAUCAAUCGGAGAAAGUACGUGAAAAAAUAAUGGAUUCAGUGAAAAAUGGAAAAUUAAGUAUACUUCUUGUUUCACCGGAAGCUGUUGUGGCUGGUGAAAAAUCAACUGGAUUUGGUGCACUUUUUAGACAAUUACCACCAAUUGCAUUUGCCUGUAUCGAUGAGGCUCAUUGUAUUUCACAAUGGUCGCAUAAUUUUAGACCAUCUUAUCUUAUGGUGUGUCGUGUAUUAAAAGAAAAAUUGGGAGUAAAAACAAUUCUUGGUUUAACAGCAACAGCGACUAAUUCAACAGCCGAGAGUAUUGUAAAUCAUUUGAAUAUUCAUGAUAAAUUAGAAGGAAUUAUUAGCGAUAUUCCAAUGCCGUCAAAUUUAAUGUUGACUAUAUCGAAAGAUGAAAAUAGAGAUUUAGCACUUGUUGAUCUUGUGAAAAGUAAACGAUUUGAAAAAUGUAAUUCAAUUAUUGUUUAUUGUACAAGACGUGAGGAAUGUGUGAGAAUCGCUGGACUUUUGAGAGUUUCACUUCAGACCCCUGGAAUUGGAAAUCGAGAGAGUGGAAAUGUAAAAGUAUCAAAAAUUGCCGAAGCUUAUCAUGCAGGUUUAUCUGCUCAUCGUCGAAAAGUCGUUCAAAAGGCCUUUAUGAGUGGAGAAACACGAAUAGUUGUUGCCACCGUCGCUUUUGGAAUGGGAAUCAAUAAAUCAAAUUUGCGAUCAGUAAUUCAUUACAAUAUGCCACCGAGUUUUGAGAAUUAUGUUCAAGAAAUUGGAAGAGCUGGACGAGAUGGACUUCCUGCUCAUUGUCAUCUCUUUAUUGAUCCAGGGAAUAAUGCUGAUAAAUGGGAACUUCGACGACAUGUAUUUUCAAAUGGUGUCGAUAGACGAACGAUAAGACUUUUGCUACAGAAAAUAUUUAUCCCAUGUUCUUGUGUAACAAAAAACGCCCGAGAAAAUGGUCUACGAUGUCCAGGACACGAAGUUGCGAUUCCAAUUGAGGAAACUGUUCAAUCUCUUGAUAUUACCGAGGAAACAAUUUCAACUCUAUUGUGUUACUUGGAGCUACAUCCGAAAAGAUUUAUUACAGUUUUAUCCUCCGCUUAUUGUACAGCUCGAGUUUCAAGUUACGGUGGUUCCAAAGAUUUGAAAAUUGCUGCUCAAUCUUCACCACCUCUUGCAAUGGCAAUAGCUAAAGAUAUGAAGAAAGGAAAAAAUCACGAGAAGAGUGGAUUUAUUGAAUUUCCUGUUAUUGAUGUAGCGGCAACAAUUGGAUGGGACAGUGGAGUUGUUAAGAAUCAUUUGAAAAAUUUAGAAUGGACAACAAUUGAAGGAAAAUCGAAACGUUCGUCAAUAUCUGUUCGAUUCUCAACUCUGGGAUUGAGAGUCAGAACACCAGGUGAUUUAACUGAUGAGGAACAAGAUGCAGCACUCAAUGCACUUGUUGAAAGAACUCAAUCUCAGGAAACUAUGUGUCUUAAGCAAAUCGAAGCAAUUUAUACGGCUGUGCAUAAAUUUAGCGUUCAAUCAAUUAAAAAGUGUCUUGUACUUGAUGAAGAAAUUGAAAAGAAAUCAGAGGAUCUUAAAGAAAUAAUACGAGCAUACUUUAAAUCCGAAUCGUCUUUAGAUAAUAUUGACGUGAAUCCUAAGACAAAAUUGCCCAACGAAACGGAAAUAAUGAACGAUAUAAGAAUAUUGAUUUCAAGUUAUCGGGACACGAAUUUUUCAGCGAGGGCAGUGGCAAGAAUCUUUCAUGGAAUACAAAGUCCAAAUUAUCCAGCUAUUGCUUGGGGUCGUUGUCGAUUUUGGCGUUCGCAUUUAAAUUGUGAUUUCAAUUUAAUUUGCCAAUUAGCAGCUAAAGAAAUUAUCGCAAUGCAUGUGGGAAGUUAGCCACGGUAAUAUAUAUAUUUUUUUUUCUUUUAUUACAAAAUGUUUCUUGAAACUAUUUUUACCGGUAUUCUCAGUGUUCAUAUUUUUAUACUUAAA